AAUUUUUAUUGUUUGGCUAUAGUUUCCGAUCUUUUUUAUAAACCUAUAAAUCUUUUAAGUGGAAGUUUUAGUUAGCUUGGAGCAAUUCAAAAUGUUCUUUUUAACAUAAAAGUUUCUUGUUUCAUUUUAAAAGUGGAUAUCAAUCUUUGUUCAGUUUUUAAUAAAUCUGUUUUAAUUUAUUAAAAGAUUUUUAAAGCUUUAUGAUUAUUAUAAGUUUUAAUUUAUAACAUACAUAUUAAUAUAUAUGCAUAUUAAUCUAUUCGUAAGCUUUUUUACUUUGAAUGAUUGCAUUUCUUUCAUGUUUUAUAAUAGAGAUUGACAGGUGCACUGCUUAUCGACAAAAAUUCUUCUAAAUUUGUCUUAAUUAUCUGACCCAAUCAGCUCGGACACGGGGUCACUGACAUGAAAAGCUUUAUAAAAACGAAUUGUUAAAACACCGAGCUGGCCGAGAUUAUGAAUUUGAUGCAUGCAAACAUAACUGGCGCCUUUGGGGCUAACCAAGCUAACCAACCGGCUUUGUAUUCGCUUUCGGAAUUCGUUAUUAUAAUAAAUCACCGCAACGGCGGCGACGGAGCUGCGGCUGGAAGAGAGCACCGCGAUACUAGCAUGUAAGCCCAUGCCGCUCGGCUGUAUUAGCAAUUGGCUUAUCGGUCACUAAGCCGCCAAAAGCACCCUAGCAACGUGCUCCAUAGAAACGACACGGACACCCAACAGCAACGCCAACACACCAGGAGUGUAGUAGCAACUUCGAUGUGGGGGGUGUGCCAGGCUAGAAAAUUCCUUCGCUCGUCAGUUGGCUGUUUACACUACGUGGCGGCACAUCCAUUUCGCGUUUGCACUACCGACGGCUAAGAUGGCCCAAACGGCACGCACCGCCACAGGAAGGCGUUCGGGUCCGGUGAAUGACUUUCAAAUCUCGCAGAAGCAACGUUCCAAAUCCGCCAAUCCCACCCAGCUUCGUCCGCUGAGCGGUAUCCAUGGGGCGGCCGUUUGCUCCCGACCCCGCUACGUGCCGCCCUUCUCCAUUCAGUCGCAGCAAAAGAACACCGUUGUCAUCGAUGGCCCCAUCCACGAGUGUGCCCCCAAAACCGCGAGUGCCAGGGGGCGUAACCCCAACCCAAAAAGUCUGCGUCGGCAACAGAAGUCCAUGUCCACCUAUAAUUUGGGCUUGGGCAUAAAUGGAUGUACGCAGGGUGGAGGCAAUGAUCCGGGUCGAGGCACCCUCUUUCGGAUGUACUUCGAUCGUGGGGACUUGCCCAUUAAGAUGGAGUAUCUAUGUGGAGGCGACAAAAUUGGAUGGACGGUGGACAUCGACAAGCUGGACUACAGCCUCUACUUGCCAUUGUUCUUCGACGGAUUGGCGGAGACGAAACAUCCGUACAAGACCUAUGCCCGUCAAGGGGUUACGGACCUGCUGCUGGCCGGAGGCGAAAAAAUACACCCAGUGAUACCGCAAUUAAUUUUACCUUUGAAGAACGCACUGAGCACCCGUAACCUGGAGGUAAUGUGCACGACAUUGAAGAUAAUCCAACAGCUGGUCAUGUCCUCGGAUUUGGUGGGUCCUGCCCUGGUGCCCUUCUACAGACAAUUGCUGCCCAUGUUUAAUGCCUUUAAGGUGAAAAACUUAAAUUGUGGUGAUGAAAUCGAUUAUGCCCAAAAGAACAACCUAAAUCUUGGCGAUCUGAUCGAUGAGACGCUCCAAGUCCUGGAGCUGCAUGGCGGCGAGGAUGCUUUUAUCAAUAUCAAGUAUAUGGUUCCGACCUACGAGUCUUGCUAUUUAAAUUAAUUUACGCU